UGAACGUUUGUUUACAUGUCGACGCGCGAAAGUAUGUCGGACAGCGAAAAUGUGGAGCAAGCUCUAAAUGAGCAUGACAUGAUCACUGAAGCUGUCUUAGCGGAUGCCUAUGAAGAAGAUGGCGAUGACGAGGAUGCGGAACCAAUAACCGCACAAAAAGUGCUGGAAAUCUUGGAAACCGCUUGGACAAAUGAAAUGUGUGCACCAGAAUUAUUACAGCACCAGUCAGAUAUGCUGGAACUGAUGAUGUCGCAGGUGGCACACAUGGAAGAGCAAAUGAAGGAUCUAGACAAGAAUGACUUUCGCUUUGUGGUGCAUCAGAUGGAAUUGGAACGCAUACGUUAUAUCAUGGCCAGCUAUUUGCGCUGUCGUUUGCAAAAAAUCGAGGCCUUCACCCAGCAUAUCAUUAAUCAGGAUGCAACGUAUGAUGUGGCUGACAAGCGACUUUCACCCGAAGAGUCAAAAUAUGCACAGGAGUUCGCGACAAAUGUGGAUGAAUACUUCAAUAAAGUCGCCACACGAUAUAUGCCCAAUCAGCAGCGUGGAGAGGCUGAGCAACGAGUUGUGGCCCCAAAUCUUAUGAGUCAUGUAUUUCUAAAGGCCAAUGUGGCAGUGUCCGGUGUUAUAGUCGGCGUCGAUGAUGAGGAGGUGGAUCUUACGCCAGGGUCACAGCACAUUAUACCCUAUCAACUGGUGUCAGAUCUAAUACAGAGAAAUCAAGCGAAACUUAUAUAAAUUUCCUAAAAAA